ACGCAACCCAGCGGUACAUCCACUGCAACGCUUGCAGCGGCCGCCCCUUCGCAUCACAAUAUUUUGCGUGAAUGGCGUUACUUACCACCGUACAGGCCACCGCCACCACCGCCCAGCCUGCAUCAUGCGGCGCCAUUGUCGAUAGCGGGAGGUCGUUUCGAAAAUCCGCCAUAUUCCAUGUCACACUGGCUGGAACUGAUCACGAGGCUGAACAUAGCGUCGGAAAAGGCCAAUAUCAAUAAUACGGCCGACGUGGGCAGCGUCGAUGGGCAUUACGAGUUUGAUCCUUCUACGCCUACGCCCACGGCUUCCACACCGACCGGCAUGAUGCGGGACGAUUUCCAUCAUCUCAUGACGCUUCCUUCCACAUCGAGCGAUCUGCUGUGGAGUGCAACGGGUCUAACGGGAGUCGUUUCUUCACUGAGCGGAGGCAGAAAACGAGGCCAAUCACGGUACGACAAUAUUGAUGCGCGUGUACAGGCCAUGAAGGAGGAGUUCUACGAGUAUCGAAAACGGCAGCAGCUGCAGGCCGUUAGUGGACCGAGUGUGGUAGAACUCGAGAGUGCCUGCUAAGCAUUGGUUCGGAUCUUCCGCGCUGUACCAGCAUGGUACCAGCAGUAAGUUGUAAGUAAAUGUUUCCGUAAGCGAUCCAAACCCGAUGAUUUUUUUUGUACAUCGUUUGCUGGUAGCUCGUGUAUGCUAAAAGCGAUGGAAGUAACAUUCAUUCGAAUAGUAUGUAUUCGAACCCAGUUUGUUUCAAAUUUUAAUUUUCCUACUGUGAUUAGUGUGAGGGAGAUAGAGAGAGAGAGAGAGAGAGUUCCUGGUUGCAGAUAAGGCUAACUGACACGAGCCUGACCCUACUGGAUCUGAUUGGUCUGUGCAAAGCAAUAGCAAUGAAAUUAUUUUAACCGGUUUUAUACUGUUCCGGAAUACCGGGCCAUAUAAUGUUUCCGUUUGAGAUUUGAUGUGUUAUACAAAAGCAAAAAGAAAACCGUCGGUACAUCGACACUACUAUGGUACAUACUACCAUUGCUAGUACACAUGAAAUAAAUGCUAAACAAGAAAACGAUAUAACGUUUAUAGCGGAGCGUAUCGAAUCGGGAACGACGGAAUGAGUAUGAUGAUGAUGAUCCCCGUUCAUCAUCAGGUCAAGAUUUGAGAUAAAAAAAAAACAAACAAACACCCACACAAAAGAAUACAGCAAAAAAAAGGUUUUUUCAAAACACGUAUAGAACGCACGCUCACACCUUUACUGAUACUAAAAAUCACCCAUUUCACAAGACAAAACUUAAAUGGAACAAAUACCAUUUGUAAACGAUAAAACAAACAAAAAAAAACACACAAUUUUCUGCACAUAGUGAAGCGAAUUAAAAUUGAGCAUGAGAGCAAGAGAAAUAGUAACCACGUAAUUAAUAUUUAAUGUUCUUCUACCCGAACAAUAUUCACCCACUCAGAUGAAUGAUGAAAUGCAUGGAUAGGAAGAAGGCAAACAAAAACGGCAAAACAAAUUAAAGAAAGUGGAAUGGAAGGAGGGAAGGAAGAAAUAGCAAAACAGCAACAACAAAAAAACAUAUAAACAAAAUAGCGAACGACACAAGAAGAAGGACAAAGCAACAAGCAGUAUAAUGUAAGUGAUUAUACAUAAGUAAGAAAUAAUCAAGUAGCAUAGUAGUCAAAAGAUGCAACGACAUCGUUGUCAACAAGGAACCGAAACGUGAAGAACGGGCCAGCUGUGUGAAGCAGUAGUGAAAAAUUAGAACAAGAAAAAAGAAGAAAACAAAACAACCAGACAGAAUACGAUUAUUGGGUGGUUUGCAGGUGACGGAAACGAACCCACUUGGCCUGGGUGAUCGGAUACUGUACUGGGCAAACACCAUUCAUUCUAAACUAGCAACAAAAAAAAAAGAAUUAACAAAUUCCAAAUUAAAAUAAUUGAAUGGCAGUGAACAGGAUUCGGAUUCUAAAUGCCGGUACUACAUUCUGCGUUGAACCAUAACCAAGCGCGUGUGAAAUCGAAGUAACGUCGUUGAUAUGAACAACCGGAACAAAGACGCAGAAAAUCUAGUACUAGGCCACGAUGAGAUGAGAUUUGUUUGUAAGAAGGUAAGAGCGUAACGCAAAUAGUUGAUAUUAAUAAUUUUCGAUUGAUUGCAUUAUUCGACAGAAGAGACACACUUUAGUACAUUGUGCACGACUCAAUGUAGUGGGCUGCAAACGAAUGCUGGGCUAGCUUAAAAAAAAGCACACAAACGAAAACAUAUUGUGAGCAGAUAGCGUAUGUGUAACGAACGAACGUUUUUAUGCGAGCCAGGUCCAUUAGAUAUGUGAGUUUUCGGGAAUCAUUCGCCAACGAGGAAGAAAUCACUGCACAAAAAAAAAUUAAAUCUUGUUGAAUGAUGCGAUCUUGAAUGGUAGAGGAAACCAGCGAAACUGCUGAACCAGAAGUCAGUAUCCCAGGAUUAGGAGUUCAGUUUUAUGUUCUUGAUAAUGGUUCAUUUUACUGUAGCAUUUCAUACUGUUUUCGCCAUGUGGUUGCAACAUUAAUGUUCGUUUUGUAUAUUUACAUAUUUCGUUGUAUAAGUUCAGUUAAAUAGCUCUCUGGUUAUGCCACAUUCUUGUUACGUUUACAGUAGCGGCAAAGAGUUUUAUAUGAACAUUGGAAAUCUUUUUGUUUUCUUUUUUUUGGACAGCAUCUUUGUUGCCGUAGUUAUGUUAUGUUUGUUUGCCGACAGGAAAUAACAAUUGAAAAGCAUAAACAUAAUUAUAACCGAAUAAAGAAGUAUUGAACUGGUUUCAGUGCUCGCUCAAUGAAUGGGCGUUUUAAUUAAUGAAAAGCUACGCGAAUGUGUCGUUCGCUCGCCCGAGAGCGGCCAGCGGGAUGCGAGUUGUUCAUAGAAGACAUCAACUCUUUAACAAGCGAUAGAACAUAGCUAUUAUCUAGGACAGGUUUAUUAGUAACACACGAUCGAUGAUCUCUCUCAUACGCGCUACGAAGGGCAAUUGAGAAAACAAGAAACAAACAAACAAAAUCCACACUUCAGGUUGGCUUAUUAUUGAUUUAGAAGGUAUCCGGUGAACAAAGGCAACAUAAUAGAAGGACACAUCUUAGUCGCUGGCGAAACAUGACAAAAAAUAUUCACAACCAAACAAACAAACACACACACACACAGCCACAAACACACAUAAAAACACGGAUCGUCUAAUCGCGUAACUUGUAUAUACAUAUAUUCCUUGUUCUCAUAUGAUUUCCAUAACAAGUAUAGAGAAAGCAGAACCGACAUACAUACAUUCCAUUAGCUUCUAGUUUAUAUCGAAGUAAGGUUUAGAAGAAACACUUAAAAAUAAUAACAAUUAUCGGAUUAGAAAAUGGAAGCUAUUGAAUAUAUAACGAAUUACAAAACAAACAAAAAAUACAAAAACCAAAAAAAGCAGAGAAUGUUUUGGAUUAGGAAGCUUUAAUUUUUGUAUUUCCUGUGAUGUGUGGAGUACAUAUAAUUCUGUUAUUCAAUGAUAUUUUUUGUCUCUUGCCACAACAACACGCUCACUGAAGAAAAAAAAAACAACAAACUGCAAAAGUUGAUUAAUGUUAACUCUUUUUAACGCUUACAAACAAACGGCGAUCAUCUUAUACUUUUUUUUUACAUUCAAUCAAACAAACAAGGAAAGUGCAAAUAUGAGUUGUAAGCUAGCGUUAAUAUGCAGCUUAUGUGUUUUAUUAUUACGUCGUACGCAGAUGUUGUGGGUUGAUACGAGAGGAGCAAAUUAAUUUAUUAUUGCGACGCAUUUAUUUAUUUAUAAAUUCCGUGUUAGUAUACUUAUUUCUACUGUAAUAACACACGAUAGAUUGUAUGAUUUCUAAAGAAAAAUAAAUAAAUCUAAAAGUAAAUCACAUGA